UAUUUCUCAUUCUCAUGCCGAAUUUACAGGAUGACAAAACAGUGCAGAAAGUGUUUUUUGGGGAUAUACCAACAUGUUACAUGUAUUUCACCAUUAUCUUCAUACAUUUUAAUUACAUAGUUAUACUGCUUCAGAAAAAACUAGUAGGCCUACAGCAUGGAUAUUUAAAUAAUGGAGGAAGGCGACUUUUCCAAUGUCAAAGAUGAAAUGGAAAAUGCUAAGAAGGGUGACACCAUUCUUCACCUUAACUAUAAAGGACUGAAAAAUCUACCACCUUGUCUAUUGUCAGACAUCUGCUACAGAAAUCUCAAAACAAUUUAUGCGAAAAGGAACCUGCUGACAUGUUUGCCAGAAAACUUGAAUCGACUUUUGAGUUUAGUUGAGUUAUAUUUGCCGAGUAACAAUAUCAAAGCCAUACCAGAAGGAAUAUGUGACCUGAGAAAGUUGGAGUCCCUAAAUCUGUGUGAUAAUGAGCUGACCCAACUACCAGCAGACAUUGGCAAUCUGGAAAACCUGCAGAAACUGCAAGUGUCAGUAAAUAAACUGACAAGUCUUCCACCUAGUAUUGGGAAUCUUAGACGCCUGAAGACACUUGAACUGAUGAGAAAUAACCUGUCCGUGCUGCCUGUCAGCUUGAGUGACUGUGAGAAUUUGACAACAUUACUCUUGGAUUACAACCGACUGACCGGUCUUCCUCGUCACUUCCAGCGAUUGACCAGCUUGUCUGAACUCUCCGUCUGUGGAAACAACUUGAUCACUUUACCACAAACCUUUGCUAACACAGAACACAGCAGUCUGCAAUGUCUACUGGUAGACAAGAACCCAGCACUCCAUGUUCUACCUCUAUCAUUGAUACACAUAGAUACCGGAAAUUUUCAAAGUUGUCGAAGGAGUGACCCACUUGGAGUGUUGCCUGGGAUGGUAGAGCUAGUGGUGCCAUAUAAGGAGAUGUUGGUUCCCAUAGUGAUGCCUCCGGAGAUCAGAUCAGUCAAUGCCCCAUGGGAUAGUGUACCAUCCUUACUGGAACUUGGGCUUAGAUCAAGUGGAGCAUUGGGGAAAAGAUUCUUAGAUCACAAAGACUAUUAUACCUUACUUGAUUCCCUGCCAUGUACAAUGAAAUCCCUGCUGUUAGAUCCAACAGCUUUAUGCCAGUCCUGUCACCAGGAGGUAUACGUAACAGCCUUACCAGUUUUGGUGUUGGACAAAUCCAUUUUCUACCUAGGAUUUUGCUGUUCCAUCAAGUGUGCAGUCAAUAUUUGUUUGAUGUAUUCUGCUGGCUUAGGGAUGGACAUAGUAUACCCUUUAUGUAUGCCUGUGAUUUAACGUUUAUAUAGAUGAGUAAAGGCAGAAUAGAUGACUGUUAGGUCUCCAUUGUGUUCACUUAGCUUACAUAGGCAAGCAUGAUAUCUAGAGUGAUGAUGUUUCAAAUGGAAACAGGUGCUAUCAACUUUGUUUUAAUCAAUGUCUUUGACACACUUUAAAAGUUUCAAACAGGUUGUUUUAAAAAACCAUGUGAUCUAAAUUAUUGAUAAUUGCAUCAGAGUUUUUCAAAGGGGAAUGCUUCCAACUUUAUUCAAACUAUGAAGUUUGACCCACUAUGAAGGUUACGAGACUGAGGGGUCAAUACCCACUUUCAAGGUCACAGGGCCAUGGGGUCAGAUGAGUUCAACAUUCCUAAAACAAAACACUUUAUGUUGAGGAUGUUAAAAGUUAACCUCUAGUUUGUAGUGCUAAUAGGUUUGUUCAAACAAAUUACAAAAAUGUGCCUUGAUUCAUUUUGAAUGUUACAUGUGUCGUGCACAUAUAAUAUAUAACUAAUAAUUAAAUAAUUCAAACAGCUUCUUCUAAAGUAUCAAAAUAUUUAGAGUGAUAAUGUGUUCAUGAACUACAUUUCAUAUUUGUCAUGAGAUCUAGAUCUAGUUAUUUUCCAUUUUAUAUAUAAGGCAUAAAACCCAGGCUAACCUUGUCAAUCUUGUCUAUAGGCCUCGUUUUUGAAAGUUGAAAUUUUACAUGUAUUUAGUCAAAAUAUAUAUGAUAUUUUACACUGUUAUCCUGUGUGAUGUGAUAUCCAGUGAAUGUACUACAUGAUAUUAUACGAACAAGUGUUUUGAAGAAAUUCUUCCAAUAAUUGUAACAUGUACUUGUUAUGUAUGUGAUAGUGUUGUUGAUGAUUGUAUGAAAGGAAAAUAAUCUGUAGGAGUUACCUCCCCUCAUUGUCGGUACAGCGACAGCAUGACAAAAGAAGGCGCUACAUGUGUGUCUCGGAGUUGUAUGAUACAGAUAGCCUGUUGUCUCUUGGUGUUGUUUUUUUUUAUUGUAAACAUACAUGUAUAAACAUUUUGUCAAGAAAACAUUCAGUUUCACAAAAAAAACCAUUUGAUUUUGAUGUCACAACAGACGGCUUAAUUCAUUGUAAUUGUGGCAUCAUGAUCAAAUGACUUAACAAAACAUAUUCUCUAGUACCAAAUGAACUUUUGGAGGGUAAAAUUAUCAUUUUACUACACAUUUGAUAUUUGAAAUUAUUAUAUGAUUUGAAUCAAGAAUAUCAUAAUGUGAGCUAUACUUCCUAUCAAUCCUGUUUCAUUGUUCUACCCUUUAUCUCUUUAAUCCUCUUUUUGAUACCGUCCAAAGCUUCCCAACUUUACAUGAAAACGCGUGUUUUGAGUAUACAUGCUCAGCAGGCAUCAUCAUAAGGGUAAUAGCUACAAGUGAAUCUAGCCUGAUGCAAGAGAAUAUUUCCAAUAUGAAACUUUAGCCUGUAUACUUUAGUAAAUAUAUUUUUAUACAUCCUUAACGAAGGUCUUUGUUAGCAAUGAAAUGUAUGUUUGAUUUAUAUUGAUCUGUAUUUCAAAUAAUUUGAAAUGAAGUUUUUGGUGCUUUUUAUUCAGUAAAACAACAACUUAUUAUCCCCUGCUUUUACCAAAACGGGGGAUAUUAAUAUGGGUCUGUCCGUCUGUCUGU